AUGGGUAUACUAAUUACUGCAUGUGGAUCAUGGAUAUUGAAUGAGAGAACUAAAUUAGCUAGAGAAAUAUCAGAAUUUAUGUUAAAUCCAGCUGUAAUAAUCUCUGUAUUUGGUAUUAUUCUGGUGUUUAUUACUUUAUUUGGCUGUAUUGGUACUAUCCGUGAAAAUAUACUUCUAAUCAAAACUCUUCAUUACAGUUUAACAGUUGUAUUGUUUAUUGAGUUAAUAUUAUCAGUUAUUGUGGUGGUAUUUUAUCAAACACCUAAAUUAAGGCACUACCUACAUUCUGCACCAGAGGAAGUUUUUAAGAAUGCUGUCAAACUCUAUCAUGACGAUGAACAUCUUGAGGAAUGGUUAGAUUUAAUACAGAUGGAGAUCAUAUGUGUGAUAUUAGCUCGACUAUUUAUACGUUCCAUCAUCAAACAAAGAACAAGAUGGCAAUUGUUAAAUGAAGUGACAACGUAA